AUGAUAAAGUUAAUCUUAAAAAAAGAAGCAGCAGCAACAGCAGCAAAUACAUGGAGACUGAGUGCUGAGUUCCGGGAGACCGAGAGAGCUCAGAGAGAAGUGAGGACAGGUGGAGCCGGACGAGCCACAGAGCUUGGAAGUUGGAACGGGGGGAGGCGCGGUCGCACGGAGAUUAGAAGUUGGAGCCGGUUCCGUGACUGCCGCCAUCCAACUUACGCUUAUGUUCGUCCAAUUAAAUCGAAUGGCGCCGAUCCUUCCAAAAUUGAGCUUCUCAACAAUUUCAAGUCCAUGGGAGUAAUCAUUUUCCAAGGAGAACUCGACGAGCACGAGAAACUCGUUACGGUGUUGAAACAAGUAGAUAUUGUGAUAUCUACUCUUGCAGUCCCUCAACAUCUUGAACAACUCAAGAUAAUAAGUGCCAUGAAAGAAGCAGGCAAUAUUAAGGUUAACUGA